CCUCUACUCUUUCUCGCUCUCUCCUUCUGCGUACGCACUAUUUUUUAGUCCGCACUUAUUACGACAGAUGUCUCAUGCUCCGAUAAAGAAUAACGGCGGCCGGCGGGUACUGUUCCCCCCCGCAUGCUAGUCCUAACCAGGCUCGGGAGCUGCAGCCUGUACUCUCGCUGCUGCUCGGUUCGUGGUGUCGUUCGUGGUGACACGACGCGACACACGACACGGACACGAUACGACACGUUACUUCGCCUUGCGCACACCUUACAUUUUCUUUUAUUUCCGUCUGUCACAGUUCCUUCUCUGUUGCACACCACCCUUAAACACGAGGGGUUCCACCUCCCUUCCCCGGAACGUACUCGCGGAACGUGUUGCACCACAGUGACUUCGUCUCGGGACGUGUCAGCGGUUGGUGCGGUGACUCCUAUCAUCCGCGAGUCCACGCGCUACGAUACACGCUCUAUUCGCUUCGAGCGGGCGGUGGUAGUAGUGGUGGUUGAUGCUGGCCGGUAGUGGUGGUGGUGGUAGUAGUGUCUCGGUGGAACGGAGCGGCGAGAGAAGCUUCGCAUUCCGGAGUGAAACGCGCGGCAAUUUGCGUAACGGUGGCUGCUUGCAUCCCGAACAGAGAAACACGUGGCUAGGUGGGUCGUGCGUGCGACAGACCGGUUCGAAACUCCCGCGCGUUGCCACGAGAUCCGCAGCCGUCUCUCGACGACCACGUUCGCCGGUGUUUUCGUAUUUCGCGGGAAUGACCUACGGUCGCACGAAGCAACUGUGUCGAGCUGAGACAUCAUGACGAAUUAAAAGAGCCAGUUGAGCAACCGUUCUUCUUUACGUUCUUUUAUUUAUCUCUAUCUUUGGCUCGAGGCGCGCGUACUGUGCCACUGCCUGAGCGUUGCAUCGUCAACCAAAGUCUCAGACUUCUCCCCUCGUGUCUUCCGCUGUCUGCAGGCCUAUCCUCUCGCGGAAACCUUAUUCUCUCCUCUCGUCGUCGCAGAUCGAACGCGAAUACAAGUGUGUAACGCGACGCGUAGGAACGAAGUUAGUCUUUUAGGGUAAUUACGUGCUGCUGUCACUGUCAGCUUCGACGCGUGAUAACACGGGGAUCUCGCGACCGCAUCUGCGAGAGCGAACGUGCGAAAAAGCGGCGCAGCCUGCGCUCGAAGGAUGCGCUUCUGAACCGCGAGACUCGAAGAGGGGCAGGAGGAACGGAGCGCACGUGUGCGACGUGUCUGACACGACAGGUGCCACAAGAUCGUUCGACGCGCGACCGUCCGUCCGUCAACAACGUGACCGCGUUCCCAUGCUGUCCGUCCUGCCCGACGCUUAACUCGAUAGAUCGAUAGCCCUGUGCGGCGAUCGCGAAUUAUCCGGGCGCACGUCGAAAUUCAAAAACGCAUACGUAAGGAAGAAACGGCGCCGUUAAACGGGAAUCGUGGGCCGACGUCGAUCCUGGAUCAGUAGUUUGGCCGAGAAUGAUUGUCCGCCACGAUGAAGCAGCACUAGUGGCCGAGUGUAGGGGACUUUUUCGCGAACUUGUGAAGUGCGCACUUUUUUGCGAGGUGGCGUUGUGCAGAUAAAACGCAGAGCGUUUCAAUUCGAUUCAUUGUUACGGUCAUUAGCUUACGCGGCAUGACGAGUGAUAGGUGUGCUUUCGCGAUAACGCAUCUACUUUCUUCGAACUGUGAUUACAUUCUGGAUAGUGUGGUGGUGAAUGUGCCUUAGAAAUACCGAUACCGAUUAACAACCGUUUAGCCGCGAUCGCUGGGAAAAAGGUGAAUAGAUAUAACGAUGGUAGAUACGCAACACUUUUGUCUGCGAUGGAACAAUUACCAAAGCAGUAUAACGUCGGCGUUUGAAAACUUGAGGGACGAUGAAGAUUUCGUGGACGUCACACUGGCCUGCGAUGGCAAAAGCCUCAAAGCGCACCGCGUCGUACUCUCCGCGUGCAGUCCCUACUUUAGAGAAUUGCUCAAGAGCACACCGUGUAAACACCCGGUGAUAGUACUUCAAGACGUGGCGUUCAGCGACUUGCACGCUUUGGUAGAGUUCAUCUAUCACGGGGAAGUGAACGUGCAUCAGCGUUCCCUUAGCAGUUUUUUGAAGACCGCCGAAGUCCUCAGGGUAUCGGGGCUUACGCAACAGGCAGAUCAAACAGACAGGGACGAGUUGUCCCAUGUGCGCGCGUUGGCUGCCGGUGGCAAUCAUGUUCCCUUCCACGAAAAAUUGGACGAAAGCUUUCCCCGGGGUGGUUCCCCGCCCACGCCAGUAACUCCGACGCCGACGACUGUGCAACAAUUGCUGCGUAGAGCGCAGAUACGUAGGAACGAGAGACGAACGCCCGAUCCGCACGAUGAAUCGGUGAAGAAGGCGAGGGUCCCGUCGCCACCGUUGAACAACAACGAUGCGACGCCUACGGACUUUUCGAUGGUGAAGAAUCAUCUGUCGAGCAAGGUUGAGGGAAACGGCGUCCACGAGGAGAAAUGUCCCCUGGAAGACAAUAUCAAGUGCGAGCCGUUGGAACUGACAGGCGGUAACAGUGGCAAUGGUGGCAACAACGAGGACUCGUCGGAUUCUGGGCAAGCGGCGUCCGAUCGGCCACCGGCAUCGGCGAGCAGUAAUGAGCACGAGGCCGAGUCCGAGCACACGUCCACACCGAAUUUUUUGUCCGAGGCGAAGAUGUACUCGCACACGCCUGGGAGCUUUAACUUCAGUAUGGCUGCGCUCGCUGGCGAUCAUACACCGUUGUCAGGAUUGGGCCACGGGUUGCAACCACCGGACUUGGCAGGAACUUCGCAAGACCGGGAGGUCGCCGAGGAGGACGGGGGUUGGCAGUCCGCUACCAACGGAGACAGUCAACGACAAACCGGUCAAUCGAGCCAAAGUACGGGCGCUAGUCAGUGCGAGGUGGUGCAGGGACACCAGGAGCUGCCCAUAAUCGAUCUCUUAGAGGACAUUAACGAUCAGAUGCAGAUCGUGCUCAAAUCGGAACCUUUGUCACCGAAGAUAGACGAGCUCGAGUCCUGCCUACUCUCUGAGCAGAUCGAUCUGCAAUCGGAUCGUGCCAGUGCGGCGAACAAUCUUGACGGUGUUCAGGCGCGACAGCAGAACGGUCACAACCACAAUGUUAAUACCAGGCAACAGCAACAACCGCUGAGGACGCUCUUUAAUGAUACCGUCCCAUUCGCCGAUCUACGUUGGUUAACGCAGAACGGCAAUGCUCUACCAGCGUCUAAGCAUCGUGACUCAUCCACCAGGACGUCGCAACACGCCGAGCAAGAACUGAAGCAUUCGAACCGCUCGAUCAGCGGCACUUACUGUAGCUUUUGUCAGAAGACUUUCUCCCGCGCUUGGUCCCUUCAGAGGCACUUGGCGGACACGCACUUUUACGUGCCGCAGUCAUUGUCCUGCGACCAGUGCGGUAGGAGCUACAAGUCCAGGAACAGCCUGGUCAGUCAUAAGAGUCAGUAUCACGCGAGGAAAGAACGGAAGGAACAUGAGGAACAUUGCGAGGUCACGUAUUGACCCACGGCGCCUACGGUUUAGUGACCGAAUUCGCAUCCGGGUUUCCAUGUUGCCCCGAUCUCUCGCGUGUACGACGAGACAUAUGAGCGAGAUAACCAACAGUAGGGAACGUAACCCGUUCAGUUCCAUUAGCUGUCACUUUCCGGCAUGAGAAAGCAAAGAGAUACGGAAUCUGCUGUUAGCUAAUUUUUUAUAAUAUAUCGUUGCGUAGAGAGGAAAUAAAGUACCGAUUACAUCUCAUUAAUAAAAAUUAUCCUAGUCGUUCGGUCGUAAGACGAAGUUACCUCGAUUCAUGCCAAAGAGUGCGCCGGGUUGACCUACGUGUAUACAUACAUACGCAUUCAUGCUCGAAGAUCGCGUAAUCGUUUCCUCGCUUCUCGCUAGUCGAUGAAGUAACGUUUCGUACCCAAACCGUACACUCCCGUUCCGGAAAUGAGUUCCGCCAUCUGGACUAGUUCUGUGCCAAGUUCAUGGUACCGGAUAACGUGUCUUUCCGCGACAAAAUCGAUACCAGCCUCCUGCGGUACGACUGUGCUCUUCCUCAUCAACCCCUGAAAGUGCCAACCAGGGGUAGUUCACCCCGCGUUCAUCGCCGACGAUAAAGUCAGCUUCGUACCUUCUUUUGGUGGUGUACCUAUCGAUGGAUACGUCGCGGGUACGCGGUACGGAUCGAAGUGGAACGCAAAUCGCGGAGUGAUCCAAAUUUUUGUCGACAGAGUUCUUUUCGCUGUCGAAACCGGGUGAUGGUAUCGCGCGAAGCGAGCUCGAUCAAAGACAAAUCUAUUUAUUGGUUUAAAACCCAUCUGUUUCUCUAGGUUUGGAAAAAAUAAUGUUACGCUUCUUCGAUGCGGUUUCUAUACUCGUUCUUUUUCUGUUAAUCGUUACGUUUACCGUUCCGUCCGUCACCCUUCGCGUCUCUGCGCAUUUCUCAUGUUCGGAUCGCAUUCUGCCGAUCGCAAUUGUUCUUUUUCUAUACGCUUCGCUGACGUAACAAAGUCGCCAGUCUGGUGCAUUACUAUUCAUAAAAAGAAUACGUUUAAAUAGUGAAAGAUAAUUUAUUGCUAGUAUAGCGUGAAUGUUGUUAUAUAAGACACAAGUGGAACGUAAAAUUGUCGCUAGCGUAACGUGGAUGUCGUUAUAAACGAAUUAUAGACGAUUUAGAAAAUAAAAAGAGGUUUCGAUGGAUUGAAAUUAUUGUUGUUUCACUGAAAUAUAAUGUCACCAACCCGAGUUGGUCGAGUGGAACUCGACUCCUGAUAGGCGAUUCUCCUUCCGCGAAGCAUACCGUUACGUUGAAAUGAAACGAAGACCAAUAAAACCGACUGCUCGCUUCAUCGCAUCAUCCCAGUUAGAAACAACUAUCACACUUCUUGUAUAUAGAUAUACACACACGUAUUACGUACGAGAUCUACUCUGCUCUGUCUUGCUGUAAAUAAUAUGCAUCGACAUGGAUACCAUCUCUGGUGCUCUGAAAACACUAACGUCAUCGCUCACGAUCGUUCACUGGAAUCUUGGAAUUGCUUGCACUCUACUAUUGUAAUGCGCUAAAACAAACAUAAAACAAUAAAAAAAAAGGGCACAAGGAUGAAUCAGGAAAAAAAAGGGUACACGUUGCCUUCCGAGUUCGGACAAGAGUCUUCUGCGAAUUUGCUGUCAAGCCAUUGUCAUCGUACUGCUGUUAUUAUUUGCAUUAAGCACUUUGCGUAAAUGUAUUUUCAGUUACAAGUGAGGCUAAAUUAAUACAUAUUCGUUUCAGUCGUCGUGUAGUGUAGAAUAUUAAAUACGAUACGGAAGCAGCCGCAUGGAGUUGGCAAGACGCGUCGAGUUUGCGAGUAGUCGAGUAUUAUGAAUAGCUGACGAAGUAGAAAAUGAUGACAAUGGUCAGACAGCGCGCGCGCGGAAGGCAUUUUCCCUUGGAAAGCACUGGCGUCGCGCCGUGCCGUGUACACGUAUAACAAACACAGGAAAAGCUGACAAUGUGCGUACGAUGAAGAUGCUGUGGUAACGCCUGCAAGCAUAAUUGUACGUGGUUCCAAAGUAACGCAAAUAAAAAAAAAAAUAAAGACAGUUUGAGCACGGCUUGGUCGGGUGACGGUGCAACGUGUGCGCGAAUAAUCGAGGAGGGCGCACGAAAUUUUCUCUUUCUCUCUCUCUCUCUCUCUCUCAGCUCGGAAAAAAGGUGGUAGAUGGUGGUGUAAGAGUGAGAAAAAAUAGAAAGUAAAAAAAAAAAACGAUGAGAAUAUCGCGAGAGAUGCGCGAUAUAGAGAGAGGACUCUAAGAGUGAACGCGGGAACGUGGUUUCCUCGUUCCGCGAUUUACGCGUCCGACCUACAUGCGUCCGAGCUGACGUUCGAGCACACACAAAAACCAAAAGUAACCCCUG